CGAAGACAUGCAGCUAUGGCGCCACCAAUCCUGGCAUUCAGGCGUGACAUCUGCACAGGGCCAACAAAAGCGCGCUUGCACCUGGACACAAUUGCCAGGCCAAUCAGCGCUCGAACCUAAGCCGGGGAAUUCAUUCCGUCCCCCUAUGGUGAACAAGAUCAUCGCUAUGGGCGACACCUCCAGAAUGCGCCACAAAUCCUAGAAGCCCAUCUAAAGCUCAUCAAGUGCCGUGAGCGAAGACGUCUAAAAGAUCCCAUGGAAGAUGUAGUCGGUCCUGGAAUGCGAACUUCGCCUUCAUCCUCUUCCUCUGAUCGCCUUCAGCAGCAGAUAUUAGUCUGCCAAACGCGACAUUCCUCAAUCACUUAGUUCUCAGUGCGGAUUCUUUCUCUACCUUCCGCUGAUGGGGCAUACCUAGCCGCCGAUCCCCUCGACGUUGUUCUAACAAGCACAUGCGCGAACACAACGCGGUCUUCGCGUUCAGCCAUGGCAAAAGAGGAGGACGUGGGCGUGGUCGGAGGGGUAAAUGCAUCGUUCCCAAUCCUCAUGACGAUGGUCGCAUUCUUAUCCAUCGCGCUGUACAACGUCAUCGAACUUACCUUUCUCGUCUUCGCCAUCUUCAAAAAGCGUAGCGGGCUAUACUUCUGGAGUUUUGUCGUGGCCACUUGGGGUAUCGCACCUCAUGCUGUUGGAUUCAUCCUGAAGUUCUUCCAGGUCACCACACUAGACCUGCUAUCGAGCGCGAUAGUGGGCAUAGGCUGGGGAUGUAUGGUGAUAGGGCAAUCUGUCGUUCUCUAUUCGCGUCUGCAUCUCGUUAUCCGAGAUCGGUCUCAGACACGUUGGGUAAAAUAUAUGAUCAUCUUCAACGCUAUCGUCCUCGGGAUUCCGCUUCUGGUUCUAGCGAUGGGUACAAACUCUCAGCAAUCGGCUCGUUUCCUGCCAGGGUUUUUAGUAUACGACAAGGUCCAGAUCGUGGUGAUCUGCGUCCAAGAGUUGAUAAUAUCCAUCAUCUACAUCUACGAAACGGUACGUUUGCUGGGGCACGACACUGAUAGCAACGGCCGCGGACCUCUACAAAAGCUACUCAGACACCUCAUCUUCGUCAACAUUGUAGUCCUGAUCCUCGACAUCACCCUCCUUGCUGUCCAGUUCUCCGGUCACUACGAGAUUCAAACAACGUACAAGACGGCUGUAUACAGCGUCAAGCUCAAGAUUGAAUUCUCUGUCCUUAAUCGGCUUGUCAGCAUAGUGGAGCACAAACACAAUGGUGGAAAUCCCGGUAUCAAAACCCUCUCUUUGGGUCCAUGGACUCAGAGCAGGAAGACGCGCUUGAGCACCAAAUUUGAUGGCCCUGGCGCCUUUUCCAAGAUCGAAGAGACUAGCUCGUCAGAUAACAGGGGGAAGGACUCAUUCGUGGGACAUCUAGAAUACAUCUCCGCCAGGGAGGGGCGUUGAAGGCGAGUGUACCGGACAAACAAAUGUUUAGGAAAGAACUUGCUAUCCUCUUCGUAGCUAAUACAUUCAUUCCACG